ACAUACCAGAAGUUUACGCAGUUAGAUUAUAUGACUUGGUUUUUGUUUAUUAUACAAAAUUCAUAUGUAUAAAAAGAUCCAAGCGGAUUCCAAUUUCCGAAGGUGCUAGUCUUUCAUUGCCGCGAUUGGGAUGGCCACCUCAAAGACGGAAUCAAUGGAGGAGUCUUUCAAGCCCUACAAGCUCAAGAAAACCCUUGAAGGCCACAAAUGCGCCAUUUCUGCGGUUCAAUUCUCCGACAAUGGCCGCCUCCUUGGCACCUCCUCUGCGGACAAGACCGCCCGGGUUUGGUCCGUAUCUGAAGGCGCUCUUCUCCACGAGUUCGAAGGGCAUGAGCAGGGCCUCUCCGACCUCGCCUUCUCCUCCGACGCCAGGUAUAUCGCCACCGCCUCCGACGACAAAACCGCCCGCAUAUGGGACGUUGCUACUGGGUGCCUUGUCAAAAUCCUCUCCGGCCACACCAACUACGUCUUCUGCCUCAACUACAACCAUCAAGCCAACCUCCUUGUUUCGGGCUCCUUUGACGAGACGGUCAGAGUUUGGGAUGUGAAGAGCGGGAAGUGCCUCAAGGUGUUGCCGGCGCACUCGGACCCCGUCACCGCCGUGCAUUUCAGUCCGGACGGAAAAUUGAUCGCGUCGAGCAGCUAUGAUGGAUUGUGUAGGGUUUGGGAUGCUUCCACUGGGCAUUGUAUGAAAACCUUGAUUGAUGACGAAAAUCCGCCUGUCAGCUUCGUCAAGUUCUCGCCAAAUGGAAAGUUUCUUCUCGUUGGCACCUUGGAUAAUACAUUGCGUCUUUGGAACUCUUCAACUGGUGAAAUCUUGAAAACAUACCGCGGGCAUGCCAACUCCAAGUACUGCAUUUCUUCAACGUUUUCCAUAACAAACGGGAAAUAUGUUGUCGGUGGCUCUGAAGAUAACUGUAUAUAUAUGUGGGAGCUUCAAUCCAGAAAAAUAGUUCAGAAACUGGAAGGCCACUGUGAUGCUGUUAUAUCAGUGGCAUGCCACCCAACCCAGAACCUGAUUGCUUCUGGCGCCCUCGGGAACGAUAAGACGGUAAAAAUCUGGACUCAGGAGUAGGACUAAUUUGUUUACUUACUCCUAUCUGGUGAUGAUGAGUUUCUGAGCUGAAAUAUUUGACUAUGAUGCAAUCAAUCUAUAGAGAGAUCGAUGCCUUUGAAUCUCUCUAUAGAUUGCAUCAUAGUCAAAUUAAAUAUUUCAAUCCUAAAAGAUCAUUUAAUUUGUAGUUCCGGAUUGUAUAGUAGGUGGUAAUUGGUAAGCUACAUCAAUUCAACUCUGACUAUCGAAAUACUCGGAAUAUGUUAUUCUUCUUCCUGACAAGAUAUAAUAUUGAAGAAAACCUAUCGGUUGAAAACCGGAUCUAACAACCACUGCAGAAUUGUGAUUUCAAUUUUAACGUUAAUGGCGAUUUCGAGUAAUAUUAUAGGUA